AUUAUACAGCAUCGUGAACCUUGAUGAGAACUGACAGUCAACGGCUCCCAAACAGCUGCUUCACGAUGAGUUCCCACGAUAACUGGUUGUGUGGUUUCCAUUCUAUAUAAGGAAGGGUAUCCGAGGACCUAUCUCCCAUCGACAAGAGCAUUCCCAAAGCAAUAACUAAAGAUCCAAUACCUCUAUAUACCCAAAAUCUCUCUUAUCAACUCCAAGAUGAAGUUCCUUGCGCUCAUGGCAUUUGUCACGAUGGCCCUGGCCGGGGAGUACAACCAGACCGAGCCCAACAAUGGCACCGCCAUAGAAGAAUUGGAGUGCACGCCCCCAGCGUACGCCUGCAAGUCCGACUUCUCGGGCUGGCUCGUCUGCAAUGUUGAUGGGUGGUAUGUUGAUGGCGGUGAUUGCGGCCCUGAUGCAUGGUGCGAGUACAUCAACGAUUUACCCUACUGCAUCAGUUAGGGGUUGGAAAAACACGACUCAACGACAGGGCCACAUGAAAGGUUGUAAGACUACGUCUGCCUUUCAUAUUUGUGGCUUCCUAGGACUAUUUACGUCCUAUAAUUUCGUACGGCGAGGAACGUGGGCGAGGGGGAGAGUCAUUCAUUUAAGUUAAUUAAGAUGUAGGAGUUAGUACAAAAUGGCACACAUUCCUUUUUUAAACAUC